ACGAGCAUACUCCCGUACUAUAUAAACCAGGCGCUAGCAUUGACUAAAACACUCGAAAUCGAGACGUAAACAAGGCUCCAUCUCUUCUACAGCAGCGAAUAUGUUCAGCUUCAAGCUUAUCUUGAUCUGCCUCAUGGUGGUUACCUGCGUUCUUAGCAUGCCCUUUGGAGAGGAAGUAAUUGAUGUAAUUCCAAUUGAAAGUGAUGGUGCUGAAGAUUUGGGCGUCGACGACUUGGCGACUGCGGAACAUCAUCGUCGUGGAUAUGGGGGUUAUGGUGGAUAUGGGGGCUACCGAGGCUAUGGAGGUUACGGUGGUGGAUACGGAGGCUACGGUGGAUACGGACACCGUCACUAUGGUCAUGGUUAUUACGGCCGCAAGUAGGUUGACGUUACCUUUCCCAGUUUGUUGAUUUUUCCGAAUUGAUUAUUCGCAAGGAAUGCCCAAUUUUCUUUACUCUGUUGUUGAAAUGUAUUCGUUAUCUAUUCUUAAGGAAAACAAUGUGAACCAACCAAAAACCACCAACAAGCUUCAAUUAAUAAAUUUUCUGACAUUGGCACACAUACACAACAAUUAU